AUGUUGGGAUUGGCAUUUCAAACCGUUUUCGGACACAAGGCGACUAUGAAGUACAAUCCGCAAGUGAAAAUAUUUCUCCUCCUCGGCAUCUGUAUCUGUCAGAUACUGGCUGAUCCCCUGGGAGGAGGUGUAGCCGGAAUUGGAGCAGUCGGUGGCGUUGGAGCCAUUGGUGGAGUCGGCGGCUUGGGUGGAAUACAGCAAGUACCGGUAAUCCAGCAGGUGCCGGUGGUGCAACAGGUGCCCAUCAUCCAGCAGCAGCAGCCCCAAGCCCUGGGACUUGUCGGCGGUGGAGGUUUGAUUGGCGGAGGAAUCGGAGCAGGGGCCGGCUUCGGGCACUACAAGGAGAGCUAUCGAGUGCGAGCCAGAGGCCUGGGCGGUGGAUUCCGUGCCCGCUACGACAAGAAGUUCGGCGGAGGUGUGGCUGGGUUCGGAGCUGCGGCAGGAGCAGGAGCAGGUGGUCUCGGCCUGUUGGGCUAAGAAUUUGUAACUUAAAGAUAGGAGAUCUAGAAAAAAUAAAU